AUGAUGCCAUAAAAACAUCGACCCUGGCAGUGCAAAGUGUUGUGCUCAAGUUGUGAUCCAUCCGGGAGAUUCCUCAUACAUUUUCUGCAUCACGAUGGGAGCUUCCUCUAGCGCGCCGAGGACCGUCACCGUCGAGAACGAUUCACCGGCCGGCGUUAUCGACAUUUCGGAUGACGUAGUCCAGCGCCUCAAGACGGGACUGCCAUCGAAGGAAGGUUCCCGUCAGCAAGGUGCACAACGAGCGACUGGUUCUGAUGGCAACGUGCCAAGUUCGUAUCCGAAUCCGUUGCCGCCGCCGGCGGCUGCCGGCUUCGGAGAACCAUCGUUGUCUUCGCUGCAAGUGCGCCGUGAAAAGGAGCAAGAACUGCGAGCAAACGACGUCUACUGGACCAAGCGUUUGCAAACCCUUGAGGCAAACCUACAGAAAACGAACCAGAUACUAGAAAAGGAGUAUAAUGAUGCGAUCGUCGACGUUAAAAAGCGGUUCGAAAGCACGGCCAUAGCCCAUCAGUUACCACCGUGUCAGGAUCUGAAGGCAAAGGUGGUAGAAUGCUACAAGAAGAACCAGAAUGAAACGCUAAACUGCUCUGCCGAUGUUAAAGCAUUCACGGAUUGCGUCAAUCUACAUCGCAUUCAACUCCUGAAAGAGAAGGCAUCCGUCGGAAAGCCAGCGGAAGGAAAAUAAUUGCACCACGGAAGUUGGGAAAACUCCGUCUACUGAAUUGGUCACCUAGAGAGACAAUUGUGUCCUUUCGUUUGUACAUAAAAGAGAAGUAAAAUUAUCGCAAACGGUCACACUAAGCUGCAACCUUUA